GGAAGGGGAGGGCUGUGCGUGGGGGGAGGAUAUAUAUGCUGGUGUGGCUGACACAGAGGAACAAACCUCACAUCUGAGAGAGCCCUGGUGACGGACAGGACAGCGUCAGCCUCUUGCUUCCCACGGCUGCACCAUGAAAAUCCUGUUUUGUGAUGUCCUGCUGCUCAGCCUGCUCUCCAGCGUGUUCAGCAGCUGUCCCGAGGACUGCCUCACCUGCCAGGAGAGGCUCCACCCGGCUCCGGGCAGCUUCAACCUGAAGCUGUGCAUCCUCCAGUGUGAAGAGAAGGUCUUCCCCCGCCCUCUCUGGACUCUUUGCACCAAAGCCAUGGCCAGUGACUCUGAGCAGCUCAGCCCUGCUGAUCCAGAGCUCGCGUCCGCUGCUCUUUACCAGUCGAAAGCCUCGGAGAUGCAGCACCUGAAGAGAAUGCCGCGUGUCAGGAGUGUGGUGCAAGCCCGAGACGCAGAGCCUGAGGCAGAUGCAGAGCCUGUCGCAGAUGAGGCCGAUGAGGUGGAGCAGAAGCAGCUGCAGAAAAGGUUUGGGGGCUUCACUGGGGCCCGGAAGUCAGCCCGGAAGUUGGCCAACCAGAAGCGGUUCAGUGAGUUUAUGAGGCAGUACCUGGUCCUGAGCAUGCAGUCAAGCCAACGCCGGCGCACUCUGCACCAGAAUGGUAAUGUGUAGCCAGAAGGAGCCCCUCCCAGCUGCACCGGCCACUGCAACCCAUGAGCAUCCAGGUGAGCCCCCGUACAGCAUGUGUCCACACCAAGACCUGCAGGCCGGGAGCCAGGAUCCCUCCUUCCCCGAGGCACUGAGCACCCACGGCACCUCCCUGCCCAGUUUUGCCCCUCCCCAUGGCAUGCCUCACCACGAUCCUGUUGCUACAUCAGAGUGUAUUUUUGUAAUUCCUCCAGCUAACAUUUUAAUGGCCCCAUCUUCUCGCUCAUCCUCUGCCCUCUCGUAGGGGCCAGGCGAGAGGAACAUGAAAUCAGACCUGGGGUUUUGCCUCACCACUGCCAUAACUGGUUUGUAAAGGAGCUGUUCUUUUUGACUGAUCGUUUGAAACAACUUUCUCCAUUAAACUUCUACUGAGCAAAAUGGUUAAUAAA